AUGGAUACCGAGAUGAAUGCCUCAUCAGAGUCCCAGUCCCCGAAUCACACCCAACCCACCCCCACACCAGACGACAUCUCCGGUUUGAAACCGCGAUAUCCUGUCCCUGACCCCGAGCCCAUUCCAACACCUGUGCCAUCACCACACCCUCACAAUCCUACAACGCAAGCAGCCUUUGUACCCGAUGACAGUGCUCAGGCACACCCGCUGCACCAAGAUGAGCAGCAGGCACCGCGGGAGCCUACGGUCGAUCCCCAACAAUCAGCAGCAGACGUUGAUCCUGCCGGGCAAGAGCCAGAACCAGAACCAACACAUGACGACCCGCAUCGCCCACACACCGGCCGCUACCAGCCCUCGCAUCCUGCAUAUCGCCUUUCUCGGUUCCAGCUGCGCAAGAUCGCGAGCACGACUCUGCGGAGGAUCGAGCUGGGGUAUUAUAUCCCACCUUCUUCUCCUACGCGAGAUACUGUUGGCACCAAUGGCAAUGGCGAGGCAGAGGCUGGAGGCAGCGACGCCGUGAAAGGAAACGGGAAAGGAAAAGGGAAAGAAAAUAGCCAGGUUGAUGAUACCCCCGAGGAGGAUCGCAAGCCCAUCCGCAGGAGGUAUGAUUUAGCAGUAAAGGUCGACUGGACGAACGCGCACACGACGUAUUGGGCACCCGACGCACCAGAACUCGGCGGACCAUGGGACGUCGAGGAAUGGAGCGGGGCAGAUUUGGACCUUGACGAGGAGAUGGAUGCGUUUGUGCAGCCCGAAUCAUAUUCACAAUUGCUGUCUACGUUCGACGGAAAUAACGAGGAAUCUCAAAUGGACAUGGACGAUGGAGUGAAGCGCAAAACUAGGAUCUUGGUAAAAGAAUACUCCACCCUCGUAGGCGCGCGUAAAUUGCACAACUAUCUCCGUGAGCAUCCUCCCGCGUCGGGGAAUACAACUAUCGGUGUGCUCAACUUUGCGUCGGCGAAGAGGCCAGGUGGUGGAUUCAUUCAGGGCGCGCAAGCCCAGGAAGAAUCCAUCGCACGCGCCUCGACACUCUACCCGUCCCUCAUCUCCGAACCAGCAAAGCCAUUUUACGCGCACUACACCGAAAACCCGUCCGAUGCGUUCUAUACGCAUGCAAUGGUGUACUCACCGCGCGUCGUCAUCUUCCGGAACGAUCGUGGAGCAUGGAUGCGGCCCGUCGAGGUGGACGUACUCACAUGUGCAGCGGUGAACGCUGGGGAGGUGAGGAGGCUGGAGAAGGAAGCGAGGGUGGAGAUGGAGCGCGCGCAGCAGGACAGAAUUGAGUGGGAGGAGCAAAUGGGCAAGCUUCGCGAUCGUGUUCGAAAGGCGGAAGCUGCACGCGAGCUAAGGAGGCGAGAGGAGGAAGAGGCUGGUGAGAACGGGACUGAAAUACGGGUGCGCAUUGUUUCCAGGAAAUUGAGACCUUCGGGGCAUGUGAUGGAUAGGCCCACUACGCCGGAGGGCGACAUUGAAACUACGUCGGCGUCAGAACCUACAUUUUCAUCGCGACCUUCGUCGCCCGCAGCGACCGCUUUCUCCAGCCCACGUACCACCGAGCUCGAGCUACAACCCGAAACCGAGCUCGAAUCAGAACCGGAACCGGAAUCAAAACCAGAACUUAUCGACCUCACUGCUACAUCUCCGACCCCACCACCUGCACCUGCACCCGAACCCGAACCCGAACCUACACCCCUCCGCACCGCGCAGGAAACCGAACGCCUCAUCGCCUCCACAAUGUACACCCGCAUCGCCCGCAUCCUCGCGCUCUUCAAACACGCCAACGCGCAGCACCUCGUCCUCGGCUCCUUUGGCACAGGCGUGUUCCAGAACCAUAUCCCCGUCGUGGCGCAUGCGUUCUGGGAUCUGCUGUGUAGAGACGGCGCGCCGUUCGCGGGGGCGUUUGAGAGUGUGGUGUUUGCGAUUUUGGGGAGUGGGACGGUGCGGGUGUUUAGAGAGGUGUUUGGGGUCGCCGCUGGUAGUGGUGAGGGUGGGGGAGGGGGUGACGAUGAGGUGGAUAGUGAUGGGUUGGAGGAAGGUGAUGUUGGUACAGCUGAUAUUGGUGUGGAUAAUCAAUGUGAGAGACAGGACGGCGCGGACGGUUCGACUACGGUGCAAGGUGCAGAUGCGCCCAGCGCCAGUGAAGAGUCAUCUCUACCAGAAAAACUUGUGGACAUGGUCAAUGUGAAUGGUGCUUAG